AUGGGCAGCAAGAAGAAGGAAAUCGCCCUGCAGGUCAACAUCAGCACUCAGGAACUUUGGGAAGAAAUGCUCGGUUCCAAAGGAUUAACUGUUGUUGACGUCUAUCAAGGCUGGUGUGGCCCCUGCAAACCUGUGGUGAGCCUCUUCCAGAAGAUGAGGAUCGAGGUUGGACUGGACCUUCUGCAUUUUGCAUUAGCGGAAGCAGAUUGUCUUGAUGUCCUUGAAAAAUAUCGAGGGAGGUGUGAGCCAACCUUUCUGUUUUACGCGGGAGGAGAACUGGUGGCUGUGGUUAGAGGAGCGAAUGCCCCACUGCUGCAGAAAACCAUCCUAGACCAGCUGGAGGCCGAAAAGGUGGUGCUGGCAGAAGGCAGAGAACGGAAAGUGAUUAAAGACAAGGCUCUGUCUGAUGAAGAUGAAUGUUUUCCCCACAUAAAGGACGAUGGUGAAGAUGAGGACAUGGUGUCAUCAGAGAAGAUCUGUACCUUGGCAAUCAUUAAACCAGAUGCAGUGGCCCAUGGAAAGACUGAUGAGAUUAUUAUGAAGAUCCAGGAAGCUGGGUUUGACAUUUUAACAAAUGAAGAGAGAACCAUGACCGAGGCAGAAAUGCGACUUUUCUACCAACACAAAGCUGGAGAGGAGGCAUUUGAGAAGCUGGUACAUUACAUGUGCAGUGGACCCAGCCACCUCCUGAUCCUCACCAGUACUGAGGGCACCGAGGACGCGGUCACUGCCUGGCAGACCCUCAUGGGGCCCUGUGACCCCAAUGUGGCCAGGAUGGAGCAGCCUGAAAGUCUCCGUGCACAGUAUGGCACAGAAAUGCCCUUUAAUGCAGUCCAUGGAAGCCGGGACAGAGAAGACGCCAACAGAGAACUGGCAUUGCUCUUCCCCAGUUUUAAGUUUUCAGACAAAGAUACAAAAGCCUCUCAGGGCAGUGAGGUGGAAGGAGCAGUGGGCCCUCCUGAGGCACUUCGCUUUCCUGCGGACAUGGAUUGA